GGACGACAUCCGUCCAUGGACCUCUCGCGUCAUUCUCCAAGAUGCGCCGCGCUGUGACUGUCGCUGGAGGCGUGCUGGCUGUUGCGGCUGCCGUCGCUGCCACCACAGCCGUCCUCAACGAGACCGCCACGGUUGACGGUGCCCCACUGUCGUGGAAGGACGAGCUUGCCCGCAUCAACCGGCUCGAGUUCCUCCUGCCGUACUGGCAGUACAUGCUGGACAAUUACUCGUCGUUCACGAUCAACACGGGGCUGACGUUUGGGCUGCACCAAAUCUGCUACUUUGGCACAUGGGCGCCCUACCUCGCCCUCGACUUUUUCCCGAUCUUCCACAAGUACAAGAUCCAACCCAAGCAAGAAAACACUUGGCCGAUCACGUGGAAGUGCCUCAAGCUCCUCGCGUUCAACCACGUGUUUGUCCAAUUGCCCAUGAUCAUCUCGAGCGACAGCACUUUGACCAUGCUCGGCUUUGGCAUGGACGCGCCGCUGCCGACGCUUUCCACGAUCGUGUGGCAAGUCGUCGUGUGCGCCAUCUUGGAAGACUUCUACAACUACUGGGCCCACCGCUUCUUGCAUUGGAAGAAAAUCUACAAGUACAUCCACAAGGUGCACCACGAGUACGCGGCGCCGUUUGGCAUCACUGCUGAGUACGCGCACCCGGCGGAAACGCUCAUCUUGGGCAUUGGGACGUUCCUCGGCCCGUUCCUCCUCACCCGCCACCUCCUGACGCUGUGGGUGUGGAUGUGUGUUCGCAUUAUCCAGUCUGUCGACAGCCACUGCGGGUACGAGCUCCCGUGGUCCCCCACGCGGUUCCUGCCGUUCUGGGGCGGCGCCGUCCACCACGACUACCACCACGAAAAAUUCGACGUCAACUACGCGUCGUUCUUCACCGUGUGGGACUUUGUCUUUGGCACGGACGUGUCAUUCCGCGAUGCCCAACACGCCAAGGUCCUCGCGGGCACGUCGCAAUGGAGCGACAUCUUCACAAAGCUCGGCCUCGACAAGCACAACAAGGUUGAAUCCAAGGCCUCCACCAAGGGCGCUGCCCCGUCGACUGGCAAGGCUAAGGUCGCGUAAAAUCCGUAAAUUAAGCAGCGGUCUUGUGAUCAAGUAGCUGGUGUGCUCCAGUUCACGGGAUGUCGAUCGGACGCCCGCCGUGCGGUUGGAGGGCGUCGACCUCACCAAUCUUUGAAAGAGUCAUGCUGUGUGAUGAUGUGGCAUGCUCCCUGCAGUCCUCCAUACUCGCGUAUACGCUCAACCGAAGUAGCGGGUUCAUGUGUCAAACUCGGAAGCAUGCUGGUGCGUCGGCGAUGGAUGGUGUGGCGUCCGUGGCGUAGCUCUGCGAUCGAGGCUACCUAGACGGGAUGGAUGUGCAUGGCCGGCAUCGAGAUGGGGCGCUUGAGCCAAAGUAAGAUAAUGAGGGCAUGUUUUUGUUCGUACUGCUGCAAGUGCACUGCCUACAACGUGUACUCUCGGCU